ACCGAAUCGCCGCCCUUCCCAAGAUGGGUGCUGGAUGGGGGAGUUGGAGGCCUCCUCUGUCCCAAGAGGGUAUCUAAGGUUUGUAAGUCUGACCAAGACCAGCUCACCAGUACCGCCGAGUAUCUAAAGAUAUUGACGAUGCCUACCUUCACCAGUUCUUUUGUCUUCUCCAAGAUGUGUUCUUUCUCUCCCCACGUGAAGGGGCAGAUAUUUGAACCAUUUUGUCGGUGGACAAGGUCGUCUGCAAAUGACAGAUUAUUAGGGUGUUGAGUUGCUUUCUCGUCUUGUUGUUGAUCAAGUUGUCUGGACAAGAUGCUGAGCAGAAGAUUUGUUUUUGGUGGACUCGCGGGGCUGCCUUGAGAGCUAUGCCUUGACUGCAGCUGACUGCGACGUCGACAUCGCGCUGGUGGAAUCCAUAUACCUCCAUGAUUUUUGCGAUGGAUUCAACCGCGACGUUAUUGAAGAAGUUGGCAAAGUCGAGGUAUAACAGUAUAAUG